AUGGCAGCUAGUGGAAAAGCAGCUGCUACGCCAAGAAAAGCUCACGGGCAAGAACAAAGCUGUGGAUACCGACUGACUGAUUCCUUGAGCUUCUGCCAGUUGUUUUUAGAGUGUCCACUCGAAUGCUGCUUGCAGAGAAAUCGUCUCCGGAGCCAUCCGUUACCUGACGAGACAAUAUGUUUAAUGGCAGGAAAAAUAGAAAUGCCAGAUCUCAAGAAAAACGCUUGGGAACGGAACAGCCUCAUUCUGAAAAGUUUUGAUUGCACGCCAGAGGAUAAUGAGCAGAUAAUUAGUUUGCUGGCCACUGCUUUGGAAAAUCCAGUGAAGCAAAACGAGGAGAACAGUGAACAAAAGGAAGCAGAUCGAGCAAUCUGCGCAGCUAGUGCUGUCCAUCAGGCCGAUCAGACGUGCAGACGCAUCAUCUCCCAGACAAUGAAGGAUGCAAAAGAUAAAAACAUACUCCCAACUGAGAUGAAGAGCCUGGCAGAAGAACUCAACAAACUCAAAGCAGAAUUUUUAGAAGACUUGCGGCAAGGAAAUAAUUUGGAAAACCAAAUUUGCGUGCAAAAUCAAUAUUCUGACCCUGCUACAAGUGUCAUUUCUUCAUUCCAACAUGAGGCAACCAAUGUAGUUAAUAAAUAUAUUUUAAAAUAA